CGCGCGGUGCCGUCUGGGAAAUGGUGUGACGCAGCCGCAGAUGUGGGAAGCUCCGUCCGACAUGUCUGUCCAGCGUUCGCCCUGAGUCCGAGAAGCCGCAGGGCUUGCGCGCUUCUCUGGGUCGUCACGCCCCAAAACACACAAACGGUUCCAGCCGUAAAUAAAAGGAUUGUGGCUUCACUUGAGGGUUUUGGAGAAGAUCCGUCUGGAGUUGGGGAACUCGGCGCCUUCUGCGCAUGCGCCGCCCUCGAGUUUGGGUGGAAGAGUUAGCCGUUAGCAUCCGAGCUAACGAGUGGAGUGUGUAAUGGCGGCCUCGGUGUUGCUGGGCUCCGCGGACAACACCGGACUCAAUUACGCGGUCGCAGGCGUCGGCGCUGGGGGGAACGGUCCAGCGGGCGGCAGCAGUGGACUCGGGCCGGCGAGCCCGGCGCCCUGGAACCGAUCUCUGGACCGGGCUUUGGACGAAGCCUCGGCCACCGGGUGCCUGAACCUCAGCGGCAGGAAACUGAAGGAGUUUCCCCGGAGCGCGUCCAACCACGACCUGACCGACACGACCAGAGCCGACUUGUCCCGGAACCGUCUCUCAGAACUUCCUUUGGAGGUGUGUCUCUUUGUGUCUCUGGAGAGCUUGAUCUUGUACCAGAACUGUCUGAGGUCACUGCCCGAGAGUCUCAUCAACCUGCAGAGCCUCACCUACCUGAACCUCAGUCGGAACCAGCUGUCCGUCCUCCCGGCGGUCCUCUUCAGUCUCCCCCUCAAGGUUUUGAUCGUCUGCAACAACAAACUGGUGGCGUUGCCUGAAGAAGUUGGACAUCUGAGACAGCUCACCGAGCUGGACGUCAGCUGCAAUGAGCUCCAGACGCUUCCUUCCCAGGUUGGCCAGCUGGAGGCGCUGAGGGACCUGAACAUCAGGAGAAACCACCUGGUGACCCUCCCCCCAGAACUGGCCGAGCUCCCGCUGGUGCGACUGGACUUCUCGUGCAACAAAGUCACGACCAUCCCGCUGUGUUUCCGCCGACUCACUCAGCUGCAGAUGAUCGUCCUGGACAACAACCCCCUCCAGACCCCGCCUGCACAGAUCUGCAUCAAAGGUAAAGUCCACAUAUUCAAGUAUCUGAACCUUGAGGCGAGCAAGACAACACCUGACCCACAGGACUACGACAGACGACCUCUGACCUUCUGCUCUGGUGUGGACGAGCUGUACCAAGGUCGCCCGUACGGGGCUCUGGACUCCGGCUUCAACAGUGUGGACAGUGGUGACAAGAGAUGGUCCGGUAAUGAGCCCACCGAGGAGCUGAGUGAGCUUCCCCUCCGUGUGGCAGAAGUCAGCCGUGACCACCCUCACAGACGAGAUGACGCUCGCGCUGCGGGAGGCGCCCUGUUGCCUAAUGGGACACAUUUAGAGGCGGAGCAAAUGGACUUCAUCGACAGCUGCACAGGUGAGGAAGAGGAGGACGAGGGCCGGAGCCGGUGUGGGCGAGAUCGAGCCAGUCUCAGUUCCCAGUUCAUGGCCUACAUCGAGAAACGCAUCAUCAAAGAGGGUUCGCCAGGAAAAGCAAGCUCAUCCAGAACUGAAGACACAAGAAGUCACAACAGGACUGUUGGGGACAGCGCUGCAGUGCCUCCUAGCUGUCAGACCCAGCGUGCUCCUGUGGUGAGUCCCGGCGGCGUGGAGAGGGUGAGGAGGGAAGCCCAGCUUGCUGCGCUGCGGUACGACGAGGAGCGCCAGAGGAGCCGCCCGCUGCAGAGAGACGCCAUCGGCCACGCCAAGAACAUCUGCCCUUCCAGGCCGUCGACACACACCGAUGACUCCGCCCUCUUCAUGCAGGGGGAGGAGCGAUCCCCGCUGUCUCCGACAGGUACGCUCAGACUGGAUACAGGCGUUCGCACGCCGCGCGCUCGCCCUCACUGCUCUGAUUCAUGGGCUCCAGCCAGUCCGUCGCCGUCGUAUCCUGUCUCAGGGGGUGUGGCCUCAUGUCGGACAGCCAACGUGAGAGCGGAGAAUUUUCUGUUCCGACUGAGCCAGAGGGAGGACAAGAGGAAAGCAGGGGACGCUGCAGCUCCACCUCACACUGACCAGGCCCCGCCUGCUGCGCCGCUGGCCGAGGAGGAUGCAGAGCUCGUGGAGCAGCUGAGAAACAAUAUCGAGACCCGACUCAAAGUGUCUCUGCCCAGCGACCUGGGCGCAGCUCUGACCGACGGUGUGGUGCUGUGUCACCUAGCCAAUCAUGUUCGACCACGCUCAGUCCCCAGUAUCCACGUCCCCUCCCCCGCUGUGCCUAAACUCACCAUGGCCAAAUGUCGGCGAAAUGUGGAGAACUUUUUGGAGGCGUGUCGCCGGAUCGGAGUCCCGCAGUUUGUUUUCAGUUGCCCCUCUGUUGUCAUGGUUACGCUUGAUUUCUACCUUUGUUUAUUUCCCCUCAUGUUUGAUCCGUGUUUUUGUUGCCACCCUUCCCGCCAUGUUCACCUGCUGUGUCACAGACUCACCUGUGUCUCCCGCUGCACAUCCUGGAGGAGCAAGGGCUCCCCCAGGUGGCGGCCACGAUCAGCGCCCUGCUGGAACUUGCACCUCCACGGCACUCCUCCACAUCGGGACCCACGGUGGCCAUGUGACCUCAGCACCUCCCGACGGCCCGGCCGGGGUUUUAGCAGACGAACAAAGCAGAGCUACACUGUGCGAGCGCUGGCGUGUGUAGCGGCGUGACAGACAACUCUAAGCCUUUAGGAGAAACGUUGAUGUGUUGCUUUUACCUGUGUUUGAUAUGAGUGGAUGCUGGACACUCAGAGGCAGCUCCGCUCUGGAUCGUGGGCUGCCGCACCACGCUUUCCGCCAAGUCACAAACUCACUGUUACUUUUUACUUGGUAUUUAUUGAAACUUUUUAUCGUGACAUUUGCUCCCUCUUUUUAUCACCAACAACUCGACCCAAAAACACUGACCUGCAGAGCUGAAGCAGACGCUUGUUAACGCCAUUUGCCAAUACCUCGCUUGAAUUCCAGACACUACGUAGUGCGCUGCUCACGGCAAACUGAACUUCCUUUAGUCAUCAGCAUCAGGGAAUGAUCUGUGACCAUGAAUGCUAAUGUCUGUGUGUGUGUGUGUUUACCUCGUGUAGUAUAAGCAAGGGACACUUGUGCUUCUUGUUUUGUGAUGAGAGCUAGCGGCAGCGCAAGCUAGCCAAGUGAUUCUUUAGGGAAAUAAGGACGUUGUUGGUGUUAGACUUCAUCCAGGCAUCAAAAACAUGAGCGGCUCGAGGAAAGUACACAUUCAAGGUGUGUGAGCGUCCUGGUGACACGAGUCCCCUUCAGCUCUCGAGAUUUUAUCGGGUCACUGGUCACAAUUGAGACGUCAUCAAACAUGCUUUUUUGGUUUUUCACCUCGUUCUUGUUUGUUUUGAUUUGUCCUCCUGGCUGUCGUGUUCUGGGAUGCCAUGAAUGACUUGUGGGGUAGGUGGCGCAGAUGUACAAAAAUGCUCUGUAAAUAUUUACCUGUAUAAAUAUUUUAUACUGCGCACACACACACACACACACACAUAUAUAUAUAGAUAUGUGUGUGUGGGUAGGAGGGAACACGACCACAAGCAGCAUCAUGUAAGGGACUGGCCCAGCAACAGAUGGACCCAGGUGGGAUGCUGGCGAUGAUGCGCUCCAACUUCAGCGAUGGGAGCGCUGAAAAGGACAUUCCACACGUUUGGAAAAAAGUUUUUCCACCCUGUUGUAUUUUUUUUUUUUUGAUUCAUUGUAUAAAAGAUCUGACCACCUUUGUACAAACGUUUCUUUAAUAAAUAUCUCUUCUUGAGGCGAGUGAUUGGCGCGUGCUGCGUGGGUGGACGGGACCUUGGCUCAGGGUCUCAAACCUUCUGACGGCUCCUGUCACACACAGACCGCACGGGGUUUUCUCGUCUUGCCAGCAGGACCUGGCGGUGUGCCGGGUUUCACCAAC